AUGCCUGCCGACGUCACUGACGACAUCUUUGCCGGCGUCGCAGAAGUGCAGCGCGACGACUACGCCGCCGACGUCAAGGCCCACGGCGGUCACGACGAUGUCCACCCCAUGGCACACCACGGCGCCGGCCUGCCCGCCGAUGACAAGGGUGAGGUCCAGGACGGCGACUACGUCGCGCCCACCAGCGAGGAGCGUUCCACCCUCCGCCGCAUCCCCGAGAAGCUGCCCAUGGUCGCCUACGCCAUCGCCUUCUGCGAGCUGGCCGAGCGCUUCUCGUACUAUGGCUGCCAGCAGGUCUUCCAGAACUUUGUCCAGCAGCCCCGUCCCGCGCGCAGCCGCGCCGGUGCCGGUGGCGCCGACACCCAGUCCGGCGCGCUCAACUACGGCCAGCAGAUUGCCUCGGGCAUGAACACCUUCAACACCUUCUGGGUCUACUGCAUGCCCCUCCUCGGUGCCUACCUCGCCGAUACCCGCUGGGGCCGUUUCAAGACCAUCUCGAUCGCCGUCGGCAUCGCCACCGUCGGCCACAUCCUCCUCAUCGUCAGCGCCCUCCCCAGCGUCCUCGACAACCGCGAGGGCGCCAUGGCCUGCUUCGUCAUCGCCCUCAUCGUCAUGGGCGUCGGCACCGGCUGGUUCAAGUCGUCGAUCUCGCCCAUGAUUGCCGAGCAGGUCCGCGGCACCAAGCAGGCCGUCAAGGUCCUCCCCAAGACCGGAGAGCGCGUCAUCGUCGACCCCACGCUCACCGUGUCGCGCAUCUUCAUGUACUUCUACCUCUUCAUCAACCUCGGCGCCCUCGCCGGCCAGCUCGGCAUGUCGUUCGCGGAGAAGUACGUCGGCUUCUGGCUCUCGUACACGCUGCCCACGAUCGUCUUCCUCCUCUGCAUCCCCGUCCUCGUCUUCGGCAACAAGUACUACGUCAAGACGCCGCCGACGGGCUCCGUGUUUGCCGAGUGCAUCCGCCUCUGGAGGUACGCCGCCAGCGGCCGCUGGACGCUCAACCCCAUCAAGCUGGCCAAGAACAUGACGGCCGACGACUUCUGGACCAGCGCCAAGCCCUCAAAGGUCGUCGCCGCCGGCGAGGCCAAGCCGCGCUGGAUGACGUUCGACGACGCCUGGGUCGACGAGGUGCGCCGUGGCUUCAAGGCGUGCACCGUCUUCCUCUGGUUCCCGCUCUACUGGCUCAGCUAUAACCAGAUCGUCAACAACCUCACGUCGCAGGCGGCCACCAUGACCGUCAACGGCCUGCCCAACGAGAUUGUCUCGAACCUCGACCCCUUCGCCCUCAUCAUCCUCAUCCCCCUCUUUGACCUCUUCCUCUACCCGGCGCUGCGCAAGGCCGGCUUCCGCUUCACCCCGCUCAAGAGGAUCACGGCCGGCUUCUUCACCGGCGCGUUCGCCAUGGUCUGGGCCUGCGUCGUCCAGUACUACAUCUACAAGACGUCGCAGUGCGGCAAGAACGCCUCGACCUGCUACGACCUCAACGGCGACGGCAUCGCCGACCUGGGCGCCGACGGCACCGAGGACGGCGCCGUCUACGUCCCCUCGCCGCUCAACAUCUGGAUCCAGUCGGGCUCCUACAUCCUCAUCGCCAUCUCCGAGAUCUUUGCCUCGAUCACCGGUCUCGAGUACGCCUACUCCAAGGCGCCCAAGUCGAUGCGCUCGCUCGUCAUGGCCGCCUUCCUCUUCACCAGCGCCAUUGCCGCCGCCCUGCAGCAGGCCUUCACCUCGCUCUCCGAGGACCCGCACCUCGAGUGGCUGUACGGCGUCUUUGCCGUCAUCGCCUUUGUCGGCGGCUGCGGCUUCUGGUACUCGUUCCGCAAGCUCGACUCGCAGGAGGACGAGCUCAACGAGCUCGACGCCGGCGAGGUCGUCGCCGGAGAGCGCGAGGAGCUCGACGCCCCGCACGCCGUCCAGCCCCAGCUCGGCGACGUGGCCGCCGUGUCCGAGAAGCACUGA